UCAUUUUGUGGUCGCUUGGUAUAAAACAGCAAUUUGGUCGGCGGAAGGUACACUCGGUCACAACACUCGUCUCAGUAAACAUCUAAAUUAUCGUACCCUGUUUUUAAGUAUAAUGAACAACUUUGCCGUGUUUUUGGCCUUUGCUUUGGCCACCGUUGCUGUCGCUGAACCACCUUCCGGAUACAACUAUAACCGCCCAUCGUCCGGCGGUGGCGGCCGCGGAGGAUACUCCGGCGGCGGCGGCGGUGGUGGUUACUCUGGCGGUGGCGGUUAUUCUGGCGGCGGUGGUGGUUAUUCUGGCGGUGGUGGAUAUUCCAGCGGUGGCGGAGGAUACUCCGGCGGCGGCGGUGGCUACUCCAGUGGAGGAUCAUCCGGAUAUGUGAGCAGUUUUAGCAGUGCCGGAAGUUUCUCUAGUGGAGGUGGUGGUGGUGGUCUACAGAAUGUUCCAAUCGGUGGGCAAACUUCCGAGGGUUUGAAUGUAGAUCAGCAGCUACUGAAUGAAAUUCGUCAAAUCCUGCUUCGCGAAGAAAGCCAGAGUUCAGCUUCUUCGGGUGGAUUUGGAGGUGGUGCUCCAAGCGGAUCCUAUGGUCCACCGAGUGGAUCGUAUGGUCCUCCUUCUUCAUCGUACGGUGCUCCAAGUGGUGGAUCUUCCCGUGUCGUUGGAAUUGAUUUGGAAGGAGUGAAACAAGCCAUUCAGGUUGCCCAAUACCUGCAGACAUCAUCCUCCGCAGGAAUUUCUGGAUCGUAUGGUGCUCCUUCGGCACCGUCGGGCUCAUACGGUGCCCCAUCAGCUCCAUCCGGAUCAUACGGUGCUCCAUCUCGUCCAUCGAGCUCCUAUGGUGCACCAUUCUAAAUGCUGCAACCAGAAAAAAGAAUCCACGACGUAUUAAAUCUAUGAUCCUGAAAUAGAAAUAUCUCAAAGCGUCAACAAAACACCAAAAAUAGGCGGCUUUCGAUCAUAAACAAAUUGGAACCGGCAAACGUACAACGGAUUAUGCGAUGAAUUCCAACGAAUGUAGCGAAAAACAUUGUCAGAGACAAGACUUAGAACAUACCACCAUCAUUACAAAGAACAAAAACACGCACAUCAAACUAUCACUAUACUUUCUAACGGGUCUGAGCGAGCCAGCGAUUUUCGUGGGUGUUCUUUUCUCCCCUUCAAUGCACUCUAUCCCGCUGUCGAGGAACACCUUCUAUGGUGUAGCGAGAGAAGAACAGCCUCAAAAUCGCUGGAAAGUAACAAUCGAUGUUAUAGCCUUUGAUCUCCAUACCAUCCAUUAAUGGAUCACGAACAAGAUCUGUAUUGUCAGCAACAAUAACAACAACAACAAACGGGAGUGGCUACAGCAUCGAUUGUUACAACGAGAGAGACGUCACAAGAACAACUUUUGUUAUUAUUACUUGUUUUUAAUCGUGUAAAUACUUGCAACGUUUUUAUCUCUCUUUUAUCUAGUUUACUUGUUAUAGUUGUUUUUGUACCGAGAAUGUGAAAACGUAACCGAGAAAACGAAAAAAUCAAAAAAAUAAAAAAAAUCGAAAAAUUUGUCACCGUUAA